AUGUCUUCAGUCAUUGAUCUUUCUUUGCUCAAGGGAACUCCCGAGGAAAAGGCAGCUACUUCGGCAGCACUUUUGCACACACUCAAGACCCGCGGAGUAGCUCAAUUGAAGAACCAUGGUCUUCCAGAAGCUCUCGUUUCGGAGAUGUUUGAUUACACGCGUCGGUUCUUCUCACUUUCCCUGGAAGAUAAGAUGACCGCCAAACACCCCCCUCAGGCCAACCCCAACCGUGGAUACAGCUUUGUUGGACAGGAAUCUGUUUCUGCCAUCAGCGGCUACGAGAAGGGUCUCCCCCAAGGACAGUCAGUCCGUGACAUUAAGGAAACGCUCGAUAUUGGCGCUGCUAAUGACGAGCUCGUUGACAAUAUCUGGGUCGCUGAUGAGAAGCUGCCUGGAUUCCGCAAAUUCAUGGAAGACUUUUACACAAAUUGCUUCAAGGUGGAGCUGGAAAUUCUCGAUGCGCUAGCUCAAGCCCUGGGUGUUUCGUCCUCAGACCUCAGAGCUCUCCACAGCAAGGCCGAGAACGAAUUCCGUCUCUUGCACUACCCCGCUAUCCCCGCAUCCGAACUAGCUGAUGGAACAGCCACUCGCAUUGCCGAGCACACUGAUUUUGGUACAAUCACUAUGCUUUUCCAAGACUCUACAGGUGGCCUUCAAGUCGAGGACCAGCAGAACCCGGGUGUAUUCCGCGGUGUCGAGUCUGGAGGCAAAUCGGAGAUCAUCCUCAACAUUGGCGAUUCAUUGCAGCGGUUGACCAACGAUACAUUCCGUGCGGCCUGCCACCGAGUUACCUACCCACCCACUGUAAAGGUGGGAUCGGAUGAAUUGAUCCCCGAGCGCUACUCUAUUGCAUACUUCGCCAAACCAAAUCGCAUUGCAUCACUCUUCCCUCUGAAGAAGUUCAUCACUCCGGCCACGCCAUGCAAGUAUGAGGAUAUCACGGCUUGGGACUACAACAAUCUGCGAAUUGCCAAAUUAUUCUCCUAG